AUGGGCUUGUAUACUAAGCUCGUUAGCGACAUCAGCGAGGUCGAUGUCAUUAUUGCUGGAGGCGGGACAGCAGCAUGUGUUGUUGCCGGUCGGCUGGCAGAGGCUGACCCAAACCUGUCCAUCCUGCUCAUUGAAGGGGGUCAAGACAACCGUGGCGUCCAGAACAUUGAGAACCCCGUCUUUUUCUUGGAUCAUCUACUACCAACCUCCACCACUACUUUGUUCUACAAGUCCAACAAGUCAGACCACUUGGGGGGACGCGAGUCCAUUGUUCCCAGCGGCGGAACGCUGGGUGGCGGUUCGUCAAUCAAUUUUAUGAUGUACACACGUGCUCAACGAUCAGACUUUGACUCAUGGAAGACACCUGGUUGGACCGCGGAUGAGAUGUACCCCUUUUUGAAAAAGCUUGAGACAUACCACGGACCUGGUAAACCUGAGCAUCACGGAUACAGCGGCCCAGUCCAUGUCUCGGAUAGCACAUACCGUUCAAAGGGUUCAGAGAGUGACUUCAUCAAUGCUGCUUCUGAAGUUGGCUGGCCCGAAAUCAAAGAUCUGCAGACACUCGAUGCCAACAACGGUAUUCAGAGAUGGCUGCGAUAUGUCUCCAAGGAAGGUCGGCGACAGGAUACCGCAACAGCCUAUCUACACAGCAAGAUCGAUAAUGAUAAAUACCCGAACCUCCACAUUCUAGUAGAGUCAAAGGUCGUUCGAGUCCUUCUUGACGACGAGAAGCGAGCUGUUGGUGUUGAGUACACCCCCAACCCUGCAUUCCAAGCCCAAAUAGGUCCUACUCAGCACCCCAAGUUGACCGUCAAGGCUCGCAAGCUUGUUGUUGUCUCAUGUGGUGCUCUUGGUACCCCUUCUGUUCUUGAGAGAUCCGGUCUUGGUGACCCCAGCAUUCUCAACAAGGUUGGUGUCGAUGUCAAGAUUGACUUGCCUGGUGUUGGUCACGAGUACCAGGAUCACCAACUUGUCCUGUAUCCCUACAAGACUGCUCUUCAGCCGCAUGAGACGAUUGACACAGUACUUCGAAACCCCCACAAACGCCAAGAAUUGAUUGACUCCAAGGAUCCCAUUCUUGGCUGGAACUCGAUCGAUAUCUCUAGCAAGUUCCGUCCUACAGAAGCUGAUGUCGCUGCUCUUGGACCUGAGUUCCAAAAGAAGUGGGAGAAGGACUUCAAGGAUGCCCCUAACCGCCCUUUGAUGCUUAUGGGUCUUGUUUCUUGCUUCCUUGGAGAUCCCUCGACUGUUCCAGAAGAACAAUAUGUCACCGUCGGUAACUACACAGCUUACCCCUACUCCCGUGGUCACAUCCACAUCACAGGACCCGAGCUUGAUGACCAGCUUGAUUUCGACGUGGGCUUCCUCAGCGAUGAGCACGAUAUCGACCUCAAGAAGCAAGUUUGGGCUUACAAGAAGUCCCGAGAAAUCAUGCGCCGUACCAAGAUGUACCGCGGUGAAGUUGCAGCUGGCCACCCAACAUGGCCUGAAGGAUCCAAGGCUGCCUCAGCGGAUCUCAAAGAGGCCCUUAGCGAUGUAAAGGAUAUUGAAUACUCUGCCGAAGACGACAAGGCUAUCGAGCAGUGGAUCCGAAACAACGUCGGAACAACAUGGCACUCCAUGGCUACAUGCAGGAUGGCUCCUCGUGAGCAGAACGGUGUCGUCGACGAGCGCCUGAACGUCUGGGGUACCAAGGGUCUUAAGCUGGCAGAUCUGAGUGUUGCACCAGAGAAUGUUGGCGCCAACACGAACAACACUGCUAUUGUUAUUGGUGAAAAGGCUGCUGAUAUUAUUAUCAAUGAUUUGGGCCUGGGACAAUCAGCCUCGCGGCUGUGA